AUGGAGUUUCCUCAUAUCUUGGCUCCUCACAAAGAUUUAAUGGUGGGUCCAAUCUCCGCCGUGGAUAAACGCCUUCAUGGUCAUCUCCUUCCUUCUUCAGCCUCAGUCCCUCCUGAUGCUGAAUACUAUCAGAACCAGAGUGGUGCUUCUCAAGGUUCUCUUUGCAUCAACCGUGGAGUCGAUUCCUCUCCUACCUCGUCCUCCACCCAGAUUACCUCAAAGCUUUCUAUGAAGAUUCUCAACUCGAAGCACUUAGGAAACAACUUGACACACUACUUCUCAUCUUCCCUCUACUUUCAAAAUGUUGUCUCUUCCAUGAGGAUUUUGGUUGGCAUAACAUGUGAGGAUGGUGGAACGACGGAGCGUGCUGAAGAAAUUAUUCGCGACAAUAUUGAUCCCAUAGCUAAUGAGGUUCUUGAACUAUGGAUGGAUAGUUGUGUUUGUAAAGAAGGAACGACUACUGUUGGAGACAAUGAGAGGGAUCAAUUGGAGAAAAGGGAUCGAAUGAUAAAGAGUAGAGCAAUUGAGAUGGAUUUGAGCUCAAGCAUGCCUAUUUAA